ACGAGAAAAUAGAAUGAAAAAUAUCCCAUCUUCCCCCACCGUACUAUAUGAUAAGAUUUUCAUCUCGGACACCUCGGUUCAAAAACAAUAACCUUUUUCAGUGAUGCCGGAAGUUUAAAAUCCGGUGUCUGCUGGUUACGAUAGCUGUUUAAGGUCCGACAUCACUGGAAAUGGUUCUAGUUUUUAAACCAAAACAUUUAAAAUGAAAACAAGGGUUAUAACUAUAACUUCAUCUUGUAUACCACAACAUUAUACAAUAUAUCUGAGUAUUGAGACUUGAUACAGAGAGUUUAUGCUUUGUAUUGGAACUGACCCAAAAAUUCUUGUCCUAUUCUCAUAAUAUGCAUUGUUACGUCAUAAUAGGUGAUUGAAUUGUCAUCGAAUUGCAAUCGCGAUAUUAUUAAUGACGAUUUUAUUGCAUGAACAUUUCGUUGGGGGAACGCGAGAGUUGCAGGGAGAAGAAGACACUGUGACGUCACAAUCAUGGGAUUCUAGAAUGCAAGCGCUGGGGAGUGAUUUAAAAGUUAAACGCGUCGCUGAUGAUCGAAGCAGUCGCGACUUCUAUUACAUCGAGUGCAUUCGAUAACCGAGGAAACUUUGAUAGUUCUGGAAUAUUUGACAAUCAAGUGAACGAUUCAACUAUAAUGGGGGAAUUCGAGAAUACGACAGACUACAUUGUGACGUCAGCAAUCAAUUUCAGCGUCGCAACGACAUCGGAAGUCGACGUUUCAGCGAUGAGAUUGUUAGGAAUCGUCAUCGGGAUUAUUGAUAUAUUUGCUGGAACAUCGGGAAAUUUAUUGACUUUGUUGGCGAUUUACAACAACAAGCGACUUCAAACUACUUUCCAUAUUUUCAUCGCUAAUUUAUGCGUCAUAGACCUCCUUACAGCGUCAACAAUGAUGCCAUUCAACGUCACAAGUUACAUUAAACAGGAAUGGCCGUUCGAGAAUGACUUCACGUGUUCUUUCAUGGCGUUUUCUUACUAUUGUUGUGGAUAUACUUCGAUCGUUUGUUUGAUUACAAUCACUGUAAAUAGGUACGUUGGGGUUUGCCAUCCCAAACAUAGCAACAGGUUAUACACACGUAACCGAACAGUUGUCGUCAUUAUAAUAUCAUGGCUGUUUGCUCCUGUGGUUUUAUCUCCAUUCUUCCUACCGGGUGAGGGCGGACAAAGGGGGUUUGGUUGGGUGCAAAGGUUGACCUUGUGCGUGUUUAAAAUAACAGCGAAAUGGCAGCAUUAUUACAUGGAGUUCACCCGGGUAUUAUUCCAACUCCUUCCCCUCUUGGUAAUAGUUGCGUUAUACACCCUUAUCUUUAUCGAGGUGAGGAAAAGCGGACGUGACGUCAUGGCGAGGUCGAAACGUAGCGCCACCAAGCGGAUUACAGGCGGCAUCAACGAUCGUUGUAACGUUUGCGAUUUAAACAAUCGAAUUCUCAAAAGUCCAACACAGCCUAUGACGUCACAGAGGAAUUCAUUGUCCGCUGCGCCUUCUAUUCACGUCCUAAUAGAUUGCAAAAAAUGCUCAAGUGAAACUGAUCCGUCACGUCAUAAUACCGAGGAACCAACAAACAUCGAAGAACCGACGCCAAAAAGUAAUGAGAUCGCAAACUUGAUCGCGAAGGAACGUUCUGGAAUUAUAUCCGAACCCGUGACGCCACGAACGAAAGGCAAAGACAACUUAGGUGUCAAAGUUGAGAUAAAAUAUUUACAAGUUGGUAAAAAGAAGAGAAUCAACAAAAAAGAAAAAGAAGUCGCCCCGAGCCCAACUUUACAUUCAAACGAAAAUUCCCAUUGUCAACCAACAAAGAGCAAUUUGAGACUGAAGAGACAAUAUACGGCUAUGCAGUUGGAGGAACGAAAGAGAAAGAGUUUGGAUCGAAAGUUACUCCGCAUGAGCGUCGCCAUCUGUAUUGUGUUUAUGAUUCUGUUUCUACCAAGCGUUGCGAUCAACCUAGCCCAGGUGAAGGAUCCACGUGUUCAUAUGUUCGCUAGCGUCAUCACGUGGUUGAACUCAUGUGUGAACCCAGUGGUUUAUUGUUUCAUAAACAAAAGAAUGAGAUUACAAUACAAAAAUCUUUUAUUGAAGUUUUGGGGACGCGUGUGUGUUUGUAUCGGGAAAGAAUCGACCCACAGCGCCCACAGGCGGACGCGUUAUAGUAGAAGUUCCCAACACUCGGAGUCGCAGAAGAGCUCUACGAGAAAUCGAAUAUAACUUAAUGAUCCUCGCAUGGCAGGGCAACAACAGUCGUUAUAACACAGGUGUUUUGUUUCAUACACCUCGUGCCCGUUGUGAACUGAGUGGAUUCAAACCCAGGAUAUCUGGUUCUUCAACCCUGGCCUGGAUUUAAACCCAGGAUCCCUGGUUCUCCAACCCUGGCCUGGAUUCGAAUCCAGAAUCCCUGGUUCUCCAACCCUGGCCUGGAUUUGAAACCAGGAUAUCUGGUUCUUCAACCCUGGCCUGGAUUUAAACCCAGGAUCCCUGGUUCUCCAACCCUGGCCUGGAUUCGAAUCCAGAAUCCCUGGUUCUCCAACCCUGGCCUGGAUUCGAAUCCAGAAUCCCUGGUUCUUCAACCCCGGCCUGGAUUUAAACCCAGGAUCCCUGGUUCUCCAACCCUGGCCUGGAUUCGAAUCCAGAAUCCCUGGUUCUCCAACCCUGGCCUAGAUUCGAAUCCAGAAUCCCUGGUUCUCCAACCCUGGCCUGGAUUCGAAUCCAGAAUCCCUGGUUCUCCAACCCUGGCCUGGAUUUAAACCCAGGAUCCCUGGUUCUCCAACCCUGGCCCGAAUUCUAAGCACAAAUGGUUAAAGCUGUUAUUUUACGCCUUAGUUACUGCGCAUUAUAAAACUGUUGUUUUGAUCAUACGUCUCGUGUGCAAAAAUAUGAAACGUCACAAUGACUUUUAAAACGUCACAAAGUUCAAAAUAUUAAAAA